GCCGUAUAAGAGUACAACGGCGAAAAAUUGUCUAUGUUUACGUCCCGAGUUUCAGUCUAAUUUUAACCGUCGGUUCGAUCGAAACGCGAAAUUACGAGCGAGUUUGCUAAUUUCCUCCGCGAAAUGUGUUAAUUUUCCCGGUAGAAUUGUGCGCUGCAGAAUACCAUUUCAAAGAUGAUCCUCAAAGAUAAAACAACAAUAUGAGACCACCUCAAAAUUGGUUCAACGUGCUUCUGGCUACUACAACCGUACUGCAACUUUAUGGCAAUAGAUUCUUCAAAGUUAUUGAGUGCUCAAGGACGGCUGUCCCAUUGUCAAUGUUGUCGUCGUCGUCGUCUUCGCUGUCUUCAUCUCCAUUGAUGACUUAUGGUGACAGUGAAAUUCUCAAAUUGACGCAAUGUCCUGCGGGAUCGGAUGCACGAUUGAGAUGCGGAAUCAAGGAAUACCAUGCAGACCACAUGAACUCGUCCGAUGUGCGGUGGUACUUCAAGCCAUGCGGCGAAGGAAACAACCGCAGUUCAUGUACCAACAGAGACCAUCUGGACCAGGUGCCGUGGCGUCCGAUAGACUGCGAUGGACGGCGAUGUCGCGUCACCCUCUUUAUUCGCAACACUACUGAAGCCGAUUCUGGGCUGUACCGAUGUAGCAUCCAUCCCUACCGCACGGAUAAUCAAACUCAAUUUGACAUCCAAUUGAUAAGAACCUUCCAGCUGGACGUUAUUAAGUCCAUUUUGGACGAAACCGUAGGCGCUCCAGAACUUUUAGACAACCUUCCGGCCAACACCACGGCCCUACUCGAUUCCCAAAUCGUCCUGCAGUGUCGGGUCUUCAGCAAAGUUCAACCAUCGAUCAAGUGGUUCCGACGAAUCAGCUUGAACAAUUCACCGCUCGGCGAUCAUAACUUCAACCAGGACAAGUCCAUCAGAUAUCUGGAAAACUUCUACGAGCUUGUUCCGUCAUCGGGCGAAAAGCCGCUCUCUGAGGAUGUAUAUCUGAGUAAGCUGAUCCUGCACAACGUAUCCGAACGGGAUAUCGGCAUCUACGUGUGCGUGGGGAUCAACUAUGGAGGUGUCAACACUGCCGAUGCAUACGUCAACGUGGUCCAUUCGAACGGAUCCACCGUCGGCAGCACUACAACCGUAACAGGUUUGAUGGCAUUGUUUCUGAUUCCACUAGGUUUGGCAUUGAUUCCGCUAGUCGUUUGGAUUUGCUUCGCAUUUUUUAAGAAAUGCAAUCGACACAAAGUGGAUGCUAAGGCGGUUGUAAAUAGAGCAACAUUCGAAGCAGAUAGAUUGGCUCAACAGGUGCAUCAGCAUUCCAGUGGGCGAAUGAUUUUCGCGCCAGACAUUUCACCAAGGACAACUCAGAAUGGGUACAGUAAGGGGAAUCACAAGCGGAAUCCGAGUUACGAGGGAUCUCAUGUGUAUGAGAAAAUAAAUGUAGUGUAGGUUUAUGGGUCAUAGAAUGAUUUUAAAUUUAUAAAAAAUCAAACGAAUAGCUACGGUGCCAAAGCGAUAUUUUGUUGUAAAUUCAAAGCAAGUGUACAUAAAUAAAAAAAAA